CGAAAGCUCGUUCUCUUUCCGGAAAAAUCAGAAACAAAUCUCGAAAAUUCGAUAUUUCUCCCUCCUCUCCGUUUAAAUACCCGAUGUAUCCGAUUUGUUGUAACAACACGAGCGAAAACAAUCUCACAGGCCAAUCACCAAUUCGAACCUGUCAGCAAGUUCUAGUUAUUUUUACGCAAGGUUGAAGAAUAGAAGAUGUCGUUAAUACCAAGUUUCUUCGGUGGACGAAGGAGCAACGUGUUCGAUCCCUUCUCUCUCGACGUUUGGGAUCCGUUUAAAGAUUUUUCUGUCCCUUCGUCUCUCGCAUCUUAUUCGGAGGAAAAUUCUGCAUUCGUGAACACUCGAAUUGAUUGGAAGGAGACUCCAGAAGCGCAUGUUUUCAAGGCCGAUGUACCAGGGCUGAAGAAGGAGGAGGUUAAGGUUGAGAUUGAAGAUGAUAGGGUUCUUCAGAUAAGCGGAGAGAGGCAUGUUGAGAAAGAGGACAAAAACGACAAAUGGCAUCGUGUUGAGCGAAGCAGUGGCAAGUUUCUGAGGAGAUUCAGGUUGCCGGAGGAUGCGAAAAUGGAUCAGGUGAAGGCUUCUAUGGAGAAUGGAGUUCUUACUGUCACUGUGCCUAAGGUUGAGGCUAAGAAGCCUGAGGUUAAGGCCAUCCAGAUCUCUGGUUAAGGAAAAUCACAUCUUUUCUGGAUUUGUAUUGACCGAUUUGUCUUUGUGCAUCUGUUAGAUAUUAGAUUCUCCAUACUUGAAAUCGAUAGUUCUACUUUUUGGUGUGGAAAAGAAAGAUAAUGUCUAUGUAUAUGUCUGUAUGUUUAUGUAAAUUUACAUGAUUUUUCAUUUACGUUAAGUGAAAUUAGCUCAGCUGAUUCUAUGUUUUGGUAGAAACGCAGUGCACAACCAGGGAUUAGAAUGUAGGGGACAUUGACUUGUUGAAGCUUGCCAAAUAUUCAUAUAGAUAAAGUUUGCUUU